CAACAAUCGAACUUGUUUCGAUCACAACACGGUACAUAAUAAUAUCUUUAUUGUUGUUUAAAAAAAAUCUUUCAGGUAUUCUCAAUUUUGAAGUGGUUUACUAGAUAUAUACCUAGUUGACGAAAUGUAUUUCACUCGAAAUAAUCUUACGUGUACUGUAAUAAUAACUAUCGCCGUCAUUGCGGAGUCUGUUAUGUGUGCCACUAUAGCGGGUAAUGCGCCCACUAGAUCGACUAAGAUACAGGAUGUCACCGGUCAUAAGCGCACCCGACGUCAUGGAAAUGUAACGAAGGCACAUAACACAAUAGAUGCGAGUUUGAUAGAUGUAAUUUCGACAAAGGAAUAUUUUGGUUUUUGGAAGCAUAUGAGAAUGAUUACAUUGGAGCCAGUUACACUGUAUACUACCACUACAGAGUUCGAAGAAGAAACAUCAACAAAAUCAUAGAGCAUAAAGAGAUUAAUAAAAUAACUUAAUAAACAUGUUCAA